AUGUCGCCUCCAGACAAACCUGCACCAGCACCGGCAGACGCCAGCAAAACCGUUGUUCGAGGCGCCUCCCUUCUCAUCAUACUGCAGAUCGGCUCCCGGGCCGUGACUUUCAUCGCUAACCAACUGCUUCUCCGCUUUCUGACUGCUCAGCUUCUCGGUGUCUCGACUCAAUUGGAAGUUUACUAUCUCUCUGUUCUCUUCUUCGCCAGAGAGAGUCUGCGCGUCGCCGUUCAGCGACAGGAAACUAGCCCCGACUCAAGUAAACGCGAUGACGACCCUAAAGCUCGUGUAGGUCGUGAGAGCCAGGCGGUCGUCAACCUCGGGUACCUUUCUGUACUGCUGGGAUGCUUCGUCACCGUUGGCCUCGGCUGGCUCUAUCUCUCAUCUGCCGAUGACCUCACUCGCAACACCUCCAACUUCCAGCUCGCCCUUCGUUUAUACGCCAUCGCUGCCGUUCUAGAGCUCCUUUCCGAACCCUGUUUCGUGCUCAUGCAGAGCAGGCUGCAAUUCGGCACCCGUGCAUCUGCAGAGUCCAUCGCCACUUUUUUGAGAUGCAUCGUCACCUUUGGCACCGCUCUGUGGGCGUCGAGAGCUGGCAUCGAAUUUGGCGUUCUCCCGUUUGCCGUCGGCCAGUUGUCGUAUGGCGCCAGCCUCUUGCUCGUCUACCUUUGUUCCGGCAUACGGUUGUCAAAUACAGAUGGCUUCUCUCUGCUUCCGAGGAGCCUGGGUUCGGGCAAAGAAUACGUCGCCUCGUACUUUUACCGUCCGACUGUUAGUUUGGCCACAAGCAUGAUGGCCCAGAGCGUCGUCAAGCACGUCCUCACCCAGGGUGACACUUUUCUGGUCUCCAUUCUCUCUACGCCCAAGUCUCAGGGUGUCUACGCCUUGGCCAACAAUUAUGGAGGCUUGCUUGCACGCCUUGUUUUUCAGCCCAUUGAGGAGAGCAGCCGGAGCUAUUUCAGUCGCCUCCUUUCAUCCCAAGACACAAAGACAAGCAAGCCGUCCAAGGAGACAGCAGCCACAGCCAGCCAACAUCUUCACACAUUGCUCAAGUUCUACCUUUUGCUCUCUGCCGUCAUUGUGAGCAUUGGUCCCGCGGCUGCACCUCCGCUGCUGUCUCUUGUGGCCGGCAAGCGUUGGGCAAGCGAGGGCGCCGGUGACGUCCUGGCGGUCUACUGCUACUACAUUCCCCUGCUCGCCAUCAACGGCGUGGCUGAGGCUUUUGUGGCAUCCGUGGCAACUGAGGCACAGGUGCACCGGCAGUCGGCAUGGAUGGGUGCAUUCUCAGUGGCCUUUGGAUCGGCAGCCUUUGUCUUCAUGCGCGUCAUGGACCUCGGGGCAUCAGGACUCGUCUUCGCCAACUGCAUCAACAUGGGUUGCCGCAUCAUCUGGAGCCUGGCGUUUGUCAAAUCGUAUUUCGGCAGCCUUGAAACGCCAUUCGAACUUUUUACAUUGCAGCCUAACGCCGUAACCUCUAUCGUCUGUCUAUCAGCGCCACACCUCAUCAGGAGGGUGACCGGUGUUGCCUCGCGAGCAGCUUCCACCUCUUUCAAGGACCUCAUCGCCAUCGGCAUAGCCGCCGUCCCGGUCGUUUUGUUAAUGCCUUUUUGCGGAACGCAAGUUCCUUGUGCAAUGUUACAACUCGGCCCGUAG